UCUCAAUGUCCCAUUCUCGUCGGAGAUGUGUGUCCGGCCAUCGACUCCCACACCAUUCGCGGCGAGGGAAAAGCACUCGGCCGGCAUGAGUAGCGAGUUCCGCGCAAAGUUCACACGUGAUGCAAGAAUGUAUCUUUGUUGAUAGCAACUACAUAUGUUCUAAUCGGACGGCUGUUGACGCAACGGUCGGAUGACUGUGCUGGAUUAGGUUUCGGCGGUUUUAUCGUUUGCAGCGGGGUUACGCGAUCGAUUGAACCACGCUUUCAAUUCCAGGCGAGAUUAGAUAAUUUGUGGAAGACUCGUGAAAUGGGCAAUGUCUGUCUGCUAUCCUCCAGAUUGAAGGAUUGUCAUUGGCUGACAAAAAAGCCAACCGCUCUCGUAAUAUUCAUAAGAUAUCAGUCGAUUCGGGGACAGUGAGGCAAAGAAUGAAUUGUUGAAGCUCGUUCAUAUUUUUCCUCAGUUUCGAAAAGUACAAAUCAAAUUCCCCCUCAACUUUGCGGUUUUGUUUCGCUUGAUAAGAUAAGUUAUUUAUUCAAUGUAAUGCAACUAAACCAAGCGAUGGCACGGGGGUGUGUUUGGUGAGCGUUACCGUAGGCGGUGAUGCGUUGCCAGGAUUUCGCAGUAAGAACAAGUUCAGCCAAGAAUGAAAGCGAAAAAAAUAUGAAAUACUUCUACAAGAAAGGAUGACCCGUUAGCAAAAAGAAGAAAGAUUAAAUUCGCCUUGAUUGAGAUUUAGGAUUCAUACGACUUUGGAAGUUUCAUAAGGACAAGGACGCUCACCAGGAAUAUGGACCCCCCUCCGUACAUCAAAACCAUUGAAUGGGACAUGAUGAACAAAACCAAGUUCUUUCCGUUAUCAAUAUUAAGUUCGUUCACUGUUCGAUGCUGUCUCUAUCCGUUGACCGUGAUAAAAACGCAACUUCAAGUGCAAUUUCGAAAUGAUCUCUACAAAGGAAUGAUUGAUGCCGGAUGCAAAAUCUAUAAGGCCGAAGGCUUCUCAGGUCUCUAUCGUGGAUUCUGGAUAUCAUCAUUCCAAAUUAUUUCGGGUGUGUUCUAUAUUAGUACCUAUGAAAACGUUCGUCAUUUACUAGGCCAAUUGCACACGGGGCCACGAAUCAAAGCCCUGGUUGCUGGUGGUUGCGCUUCCCUUGUUGGACAGACAAUAAUUGUGCCAUUCGAUGUGAUAUCGCAACACGUUAUGGUGUUGGGAAUGGCUGCCCAAGGAAAAGGUGAAGUCAAUCCUUUAGGUAUAAGAUACGAUCCGUCUCGUGGUCGUUUACAAAUUUCAAUCGACAUUGCACGACGAAUAUUGGCUACGGAUGGUGUGAAAGGUUUCUAUCGAGGCUAUGUUGCCAGUUUAAUGGCGUACGUACCGAAUUCAGCUAUGUGGUGGGGAUUUUAUCAUUUGUACCAAGAUGAGCUUUAUAAAAUCACACCGCUUUGGGUGCCUCAAUUAGCUAUACAGGGUGUAGCCGGCAGUUUUGGUGGAUUUACGACAACUAUCCUCACAAAUCCUCUAGAUAUUCUUCGAGCGAGAUUGCAGGUACAGCGAAUUGAUUCCAUGAAAACAGCAUUCCGUGAAUUGUGGAUGGAGGAAAAGUUGAAUAUUUUUUGUAAAGGCUUAACUGCUCGUCUUGUUCAGUCCGCUGCCCAAUCGUUUAGUAUAAUUCUGGGAUACGAAACCAUCAAGAGAAUAUCCGUAAAUGAACAGUACAAGCAUUUGGUGCGGUGGUAGCGCUAGUUCUCAACUUCAUUGUUUGCACAAAGAAACAGAUUAUCCAAAACAAAAUACAAUAAUAAAGAGGGGACUUUUACUAUUUUACAUAACCUGCUGUGUACUCAUUUUGGAAGAAAUAUUAAUCGAAAACCUCCGUUUUUACGACCUGUAGCGCAGAAGAGUUAGUCAAUGUUUGAUAAAAGUGUACUUCACUCUCUGUCAUGUUGGGAUCAGGAAAAAAUCCGGAAAGGAUUUCUCUAUCCGAAGCGUACUAAACAAAUUUCCUAGUUAAAGUAGAGAAACUUUUGUAUAAACCAUUAACAUCCACCAAAGAUUGAACAAUGUUUCAGUAAAAGUAAGUCAAUAAACAGAACAAUAAUGCUAAGAUGAACAAUCCAACAUUAUCAUAAAACCUCUUGCCUGAGAACGAUUGUUAGUUAUACAUAGGAUCAAUGACGAAAAGGAAUUAUUUAUUUACUCGCUUCACUUUUAUAUUUACGCAAAUUGUUUUAUAUUUUUUAAGAAAUCGAAGGCGACAUAUUUAUUUUCUUAUAGUAACUUAUUUUUCUCGGCAAAGCUGGUAUAGUGUAUGACCUAGGAGUUAAGUAGAGUUAAAUAAAUAUCAAAGACGACAAAUAUUUGUGUAGAAAUUCAUUGAGAUUCUUCAUUUACAUUUGUAAGAAUGUAAUGACGAAGUUGUUUAGAAUGCAUGGUCGCGAAGAGCGACACGUUAAGAUGAUUUAUGUGAUUCAACAAACAUUUAAGCCGCAACUGUAAAUAGUACAUUUCACAUUAAAGACAAAUUAAAGAGAA